AUGCCUCGCAUCUUCCUAAUAACUGGCACCUCGACGGGGUUCGGGAGGUUCUACGUACAAGAAGCCCUGGACCGAGGUGACAUCGUGGUCGCUACGGCACGAGACCCAUCCCAACUCAGCUUCAACGGCACCACCGACUCGAACUACCUCGCAUUGCGCCUGGACGUGACGGACAAAGAAAGCAUCAAGACCGCCUUCGACGCGGCAUUGGCGAAAUUCUCCCGCGUCGACGUUGUGGUCAACAACGCCGGAUACGGUCUCGCGGGGGCUUUUGAAGAGUACACGGACGAGCAGAUCCGAAAACAAUUUGACGUGAAUUUUUUCGGCUUGCUCGACGUGACACGCACGGCGCUCGCGGUUAUGCGAGACCGUCAGAGUCCGCCGGGCGGAUUGAUUCAGCAGAUCACGAGUAUUGGUGGGCAGAGAGGCGUACCAUUGUUCAGUGCUUAUUGUGCCAGUAAGUGGGCGGUCGAAGGGUUUACUGAGGCACUGAGCCAUGAGGUCAAGCCUGAGUGGGGGAUUAAAUUCACUUUGAUCGAGCCUGGUGGGUUUAGAACAGACUGGGCAGGCCGAAGCAUGGCCUUCGCUGACCGCCAUCCGGCGUACGACCACUUGAACGCCGUGGCAAGAAUGUCCGCCCGACAUGGCCACCAGGCGGGCGACCCCGUCAAGGGUGCUGAAGCCAUGUACAAGUUGGCCAUAAUGGCCAACCCACCGUUGCGCGUGGUCAUCGGCACCGACGCAUACGCUGCCGUCAUGAACAAGGUCGAGCAAUACGAGCAGAAUUACAAGAAGUAUGAGUUGUUAAGUAACUCGACAGAUGUGGAUGGAUAUGAGGCCGAGUAA